AUGGCGCCUGUCUCAACAACGGACAAGCCUACCGAAAGGCAGGUUCUCGCAACUGACUCUGAGUACGUGGCCAAAGGUGCCACGCAAUGGGCUCGUACUUGGGUGCACAACGGAUGGAGAACGUCAUCUGGAACGGUGAAGAAUAAUGAUAUGUGGCAGAUGCUCCUCGGCGAAGUUGAGCGUUGGGAUUCCUGGGGCGUCAAAGUACAGUUAUGGGGCAUUCCAAGGAAACUCAACGAGAUGGCGGGUUCAGCGGCGAAGCAGGCCGCAGAAGAGACUGAGACGUAUGAUACGUAUGAUACGUACAAGGAGGCCUAG